ACACACACACACACACACACGCUGCCCAGACGCUCGGCUCAGCCGAGGGACGACUACUACUUUCCCCUUCCCAGUCUCAAGCGCACUAGCCAGUACGUAUAUGCACACGGGCGGAUGCUGGCUGGCUGGCCGCGCCCUCUCUCCGUCUCUCUCUCUCGCUGGGUCGGCGAGGGUAGCGAGCCCGGCCCCUCGCAUGCGCAGCACAAGAGUACCCGCCUACAUCGUUGCACGGGGCAGAAAAAGAAACGGGCCUCCUCGAUCUGACCAGAUUGCCUCGCGACUGUUUCCCUUGGCCAAUAUCACAGCACCUAAGCAAUGCGCGCGGGAUUCGGGUAAUGCCCGCCGCCCAUCUCGGACAGGGCUGCCAUGCGCUGAUUAGCAAUCACUGAUUAGCGACCGCUUGUUGCGUCUGGAUAUGGCGAUUGCCGUCCACGUCCAGCUUUGGCUCGCACUUUGAACCGACGUCGGGCAUCUUUUUGGCGUCUUGAAUGUUUCCGAGCCGUUUAGAAUAGUGGCCAUGUGGAGUUUCUUCUUUUCUUUUCUUUCCUUUUUUCGGGGAUUUCCUCUCGUCCAUCUGCCGCAUUUCGCUUCUUUUUUACUUGCUUUUUUCGCACAACUCCCUGCCCAGCACAACCGCCAUCCAGGGUGGGUCGGGAGUAAUAGGUAGGGAGCAAUAGCGUGGUGGCAGGUGCGUUGACCUCGUGGCUCGUCCAUAUCAGGGGAAAGCAGACGCACAAACGCCGCCAGAAAGGGCUUGAACAAGGGUCCAGACAACCGAGACGCAUGGCUUUUUGUGAAAUAUUGGUCUUUUUGACGAAAUAUCGGCGGGGAAAGAACGGCCAAAGACGGAAGGCAUCACCCAUCGAUUCCAUCACGGGCAAAGAAGCCCGCCAGCCUGGCCAAUCCCUGUCGGUCGGGCGCUCCAGCAACCCCAAUCAAGUGCCGGCAUUAGCAUCGUCGUCAGCGCCAACCGACGAGAUCACAGAUCUGACGACUGGUCGAGCGAGAUCAUCACCGUCGGUGGGAUUGGAGCAGAGCGAUAGGGAGGGCGGGGGGCAUAGGAAAUGGGGGUUCGAUGGUUGUGAGUGGCCACGCUGCCCGCGGGCGGCUGACAGGCGCCGCGCCUCUCCCGUCAGUGGCCAGAAGUGAAAGGCGACAAGAUGAGAUUGCCGCACCCAGCGCCAGGAGAAUGGCACGCGGAUGGCAAAAGUGGUGGGCACAAAAAAAAAAAAAGGCACAGGCCCCGGUCCCAGGCGGGCGUGCCACGAUGCCUGCCGAACCGACCUCCUCCUUCAGCAAAGAUCUCUCUCCUGAGCAGGGCCCCGGCCAUUGCAUGAGAUGCGGUUUGACAGGACCGGGAGAGACGCUGUGGAAUGCGGACCGCGGCAAAUCGACCCUGGGGAAGAGGGCAGCAACAGCCGCGGCUUCAGCGGGAAGAAAGGAGGGGAGCAUCAUGUAAUCACAACCGCGGUUGCUUGCUGGCGAUUUGAUAUCCGUUCUUGGACUAGCUCCCGAUCUGCCACCCUCCCCAGGCCCCCGUUUCGAUCAGGGAGCGGAGCUGGCGGAGUCCGUGCGGGCGGGCGUCUUCCUGGGUCAAUUUAGUUUGGCAGGCAGCGUCUGCGUGGCUGGAAAUGAAGCAACGCACGAGCCGAGCUGAAGCAUUGGCCCCAACACCAGUACACCCCUGCCCAUAUCCCCUGCCCUUUUCCCCCGGGCGGGGGU